GCGCAAUAAUGUCUUCCACGCCAAUGGCUAUUGAUUCGCCCAUGGGUGCAAAUGGGCUUGGCAGCAAGUCGGGAGGGGCAUUACCAACCUCCAAAGUGUCCGAAAUGAUCUCCUUAUUCCGGCCUUCAAAACACUUUCGCCGCGAGCCACCAGCGACAGUUCCUGGCAAACCACCUUCUCCCUAUUCCUCGAUCCUCUCGUUGGAUUUUGAUGAUGAAGGUGGCUUGCUUCUUACGUCCGAAAGUGACAACAGUAUGCAAAUAUACAGUGUCAAAGAUGGCAAGCACCACAAGACAUUACUCAGCCAGAAGUAUGGUGUAAUGCACGCUAUGUUUGGCCACGCCAGUGGUUGCAUUCUUCAUUCAAGCACAAAACAAAACCACACAAUUCGAUAUCUAUCCACCCAUGACAACUCGUACUUGCGGUACUUUGAGGGCCAUGAAAAGAAUGUCACGUGUCUCUCCCUCCAUCCAGGUCAAGACAACUUCCUUUCCUGCAGUGAAGACAACACCCUCCGCAUCUGGGAUGCAGCUACCAAGAACGCGUGUGGAAAACUUAACCUUCAUGGCGCAUAUCUCGCGGCUUGGGACCCCUCCGGCAAUGUCUUUGCAGUCGCAUCUCCAACUGCGCAAACAAUUCUUCUUUAUGACUUCCGUAACUUCGACAGAGAGCCAUUCUCCACCUUUGACAUGCUGCCUUAUUUCCAAAACGGACAAAAUUCUCCCAGCAAAGGCUGGAACAAGCUCGAGUUUUCCAAUGAUGGUAAACACAUCCUCCUCGGCACGACUGGUACGCAACACUUUCUCCUCGACGCAUUCGACGGUCAUUUGAAAGCCUCCCUACUCCGCGACCGAGGUGCUGUCAGAAGACUGGCAGCAGGAGAUCACAACCUCGAGGGGAUGGAUCCUCAAUCAUCCGAGUUUUUGUACCCAAGUACGGGCGAUUGUUGUUUCACCCCGGAUGGCCGCUACGUGCUCAGUGGGUCAAGACAGCAAAAUGUUUUAGCGUGGGAUACGCUGGCUUCUGCUCAGGAGCGGUUCUUAAGACCUGUCCAUGAGUUGGAGUAUAAGGGAGACUCGGCUGUCAUUGCCUUCAACCCGAGAUACAACUUCUUUGCAACUGGAGAUAAGGAGGCCGUAUUUUGGGUGCCAGAUCAAAGUUUGGCAUAGUGGUGAAGUCUUUAAUCUGUCUUUGAAUCAUCGAUUUUCGGAGUGGAUAUCCAAAAGUGAACUGGCGUUUGGCGAGUUGGGGUUGAUUUCCUCAGACCUUGGGACUUGCACCAAGGCAUUAUAUCCCUGUAUCUGGAUCGUUAUCCAGAAUUAUGAUGGAUUGUUCUUUGAGUCAACGACCUGGCUAUGGUAAUAAAUACAUCUUCAG